ACCUUGAUCCAUCCCUGGGCAAUCCGCAAAUCAUCAUCGGUGACUGGACCCUCGUCGCCCUUGCACUCUCCCUCAAAAGUCUCAGAUACGUUGCCAGCAGGAACGUACACAGACUUGUCUUUCUCGGUACUCUUGUCCAGCCAUCCACUGAUCUACUUUUAUGCCCACAUUCUAGAGUGUCAAUGGCGGUGCAAAAAUGCCGUCCUCGUAUAUUCAACUAUCUCGAAUCUUCAGUGGGAGUUCAAUCUAUUGUCGGUGGAUUUGGGGAAGUCGCGGCCAUUCUGGGUGACGUUUUAUCUUGAACCGUGUUGCGAUGGGUGGACGGAGGCUCCUAUGUGCUCUGGAGUAAUCUUGUUCGAUCUUCACAUAGAGCGAAUUAUCGGACGACAUGAACAACGCAUAUCAAAGCUAAAAUGGAGAGUAUUGAUGAUUAGAGCUCGAAAGAGCAGUUCGAAGUCGUAGCCGCAAAAGUAAUUCAAUGCAGUUUGUUUCCAAGCAGAAAGUGAUACUCUUUCAUACUGAAUAGGUAAUGGAAGACUUUCGCGAAGCUGGGAGUUGCUUCUAGUCUUCCAUUGCCCGAAAAUUCGUUGUCGUAGACUUAUUUUUCUCGUUCCGAACUAGAACGAUACGCCGUUUCAAUGCGUACCGUGAAACAGAUACAAUGGUUUAAAUCCUGUUCAUCAUUGUCUCAAUCGCUAUUCUGCGAGAUGUCAACGUCACGACAAAAACCACCGCCAUCAUCCAAGGGGUUAUGCAUACCGAAAGUGGAUCAUUGGAUGAUUGGCGGACAAAAGUUCUGAAUGACUCGGAAUGGAAUGAGGAAUUAGCACAUCGAAAAUGAUGUACUUUCAGAUAGCGUAAGAAUAGGUAUAA